AAUAUUGUGCAUACAUUGUUUACUCGAGAAUAUCCUAACAUAUAUGGUAUUGGAUGACCCACUUCAAAUUUCAUUUAAAGUUUACCUAGAAUCAACAUGUUUAAUGUAGAAGAUAAGAACGGAGACAGUUUACGCAAUAAAGUGCAAUCAAUCAGUUGCGAGUCGGUGGAAGAAUCGCAGAAAAAUUAUGGGAAAUGGGCAGAAACAUACGAAAAGGAUUUACUUCAAUUUGGAUACUCCGCCUAUUUAGCUGUAUGCAAACAAAUAUGCGAAAAGUUCCCACCAGAAUCUCGAUCUUCUGUUCGCAUAUUAGAUAUUGGAGCCGGGACAGGCCUUGUUGCCAAAGAGUUACGACAGCAAGGGUUUAAGAACAUAGAUGCACUCGAGCCACAAGAAACAAUGCUGAAUGAAGCCCGGAAACUUAACCUGUAUGAGAACUAUUUCCAGACAUUCAUUACCGAAAAACCCUCUGACAUUCCUGCCAAUACAUACGAUGCCCUUACCGGAAGUGGAAUAUACGCAGCAGGAGCUCACGUGCCAUGUGAAGCUUUGAUCGAAAUGAUCAGACUUGUGAAACCAGGCGGCUACAUUACUCUUUCUACCCGGCAUAGUCUUAUUCAAGAGGCGGAGGCUUACAAAGAUCUGGAACCAUUAAUGAAUCGAUUGGAGGCUGACGGCAAAUGGAAAAAAGAAUCUCGCGAGAUUUGGCCGAGAUUUUAUCUCGAUAAAGAUGGAAUCGUAUGGUGCUUUAAAGUGCUGUAAAAAAGUCUGAAAACAUUUUAGGAGUCGUCACACCAAAAUAGAAGUGAAUAACUGAAAGGGGCAUUGUUUUAAAAUGCAAGACAUUUUUUACAGAAGGGUCUACACUAAAACAGUUUAAUUUCAAACAGAAUUGUGUCUACAUUAUA